ACAAAAUUCGCGGGCUCGGUGUCUUAGCCGUUAAAACCAAUGCUCACAAAUUUCGUCACAUUCUCGAGCUUCUGGAUUCUGUAGUAAAGGGUCUGGUUAUUACGGGUUCAGAAGGAUUAGAUAUGCCUCUUUCAUGUGGAGUAUCGCCGCCUUCGGUGAGAACAGAACUCCUUACCCGGAUUUCUAACAGGGUUAUUGCUCCUUCAAGGAUAUGUCAACAACCCAGGAGCAAAUGUGAGAUAAACAGGAGGGGUUUUGCUUUGAAGGGGAUUGUGGCUUCUGGUGUCUCCGUUGCAAGCUCUUCCUUGACUGCUGACCCUGUUCAAGGGGUGGAGAGAUUACCAUUCAAGCCAGAGGGUUACAAUUUCUGGACAUGGCGGGGUCAUAAAAUACAUUAUGUUGUUCAAGGAGAAGGAUUUCCAGUUGUCCUUAUCCAUGGGUUUGGUGCUUCUGCAUUUCAUUGGAGAUACAACAUUCCUGAAUUGGCUAAAAGAUACAAGGUCUAUGCCAUAGACUUGCUGGGAUUUGGAUGGAGUGACAAGGCAAUUGUUGAGUAUGACACAAUGAUAUGGAGGGAUCAAGUGGUUGAUUUCUUGAAGGAGAUAGUGAAAGAGCCAUCAGUUUUGGUUGGAAACAGCCUUGGAGGGUUCACUGCUUUGGUUGCAGCAGUAGGGUUGCCUGAACAAGUUGUUGGAGUUGCACUCCUCAAUUCUGCAGGACAAUUUGGAGAUGCAAAUGCAGGAACCAAAAAAUCUGAGGAAACAAGCUUAGAAAAGUUUAUUUUAAAGCCAUUGAAGGAAAUUUUCCAACGCAUAGUUCUUGGGUUUUUGUUUUGGCAGGCAAAGCAACCUGCUCGUAUUGUUUCUGUCUUAAAGAGAGUGUAUAUCAAUACCACCAACGUGGACGAUUAUCUUGUGGAAUCAAUAACAAGGCCAGCAGCCGAUCCCAAUGCUGGAGAAGUGUACUAUAGGUUAAUGACACGAUUCAUGUUGAACCAAACCCAGUACACCCUAGACUACUUCUUGAGCAAGCUAUCUUGCCCAUUGUUGUUGCUUUGGGGUGACUUAGACCCUUGGGUUGGCCCUACCAAAGCUAACAGAAUCAAGGAGUUUUAUCCAAACACAACUUUAGUAAACUUGCAGGCUGGACACUGUCCACAUGAUGAAGUUCCAGAGCUUGUCAACAAGGGUUUAGUAGACUGGUUAUCAACCCUAACGCCAAAGGCCUCCUCCCCAAAUGCUGUGAAGGUGACCAACUCAAUGGCAUCGCCAUUCACUCCUAAUUAAGGGUCUUACUUCUAAUAUACAUGUACAUCCAUUAGUAGAUGUGUCACAUUCUACUCUUCUGUAGCUAGCAUUCUUUCGGUGGUAUCCCUGCACCUGAUCAGUUUUGUGUACUGAUUUUCAAUAUACGGGAACAUGGUUUACGAUUCCAUAAUUUUCCUGUUCCAAGAAUGCUAUAACCACUGAAGAUUGAUU